ACAGUAGUCUAACAGGAAAACGAAUAGCUCGAGCUGCUGAUGAAGGCAUGGAAAUGCAAUUUAGUGACGGAAACUGACGUCUCAAAUCUUCGUGCGUUAAUGGAGGCUUGAGAGAAGGCAAUGUGGUUAAUUUUAGUUCGAGAUAGGUGGAAUCACCUCAGCGGUGUGUGAAAGAGGGAGAGAGAGGCGAGGGAACGAGACGGGAGGGGGCGGGGGUGUAUGGACCUCGCUGGUUACGGGACCCAGAGGCACCCCGAUUGUGCUCCGCUCUCAUCAUUUUUGGAGGUGAGGACAAAAGGAAAAAGGGGAAAUCGGAAGAAAGGCCCGGGAUCUAAGUGUCGUGACGGGGCCCCCGACUCCGCCGCCGCUGGUCGGGGUUGUCUGUACUCAAAGGGCUGAGGGAAUAGCGGCGGAGCAGUGGACUCUAGACGGGGGUUUCCUGCCACAGCAGCGGGAUUGUCACAAAACAGCCUUUCACUCUUCGUGGGGCCUUGUAUUGCUACGUUUUCAGAGUUGUGAAGAUUUCGGAUCAUCAUCUCAUGAAAAAUGAACUUGUAUGCAUGGAUAUAUUCAACAGAAACAGAAACCUGGAGCUCGGAUUGAAAGAACCUGAAGUGGAAUAAAUGGAUUACCCUUUUUUCUUUUCUUUUUUUUCUUUUCUUUUUUCUUUUUUUUUCUUUUUUUGGGGAAGAUUGUUGCCACGGGACUGUUUAGAAUGAAAUGAUGUUUAAUAGAAAGCAGCAAAGGUAAGAUGGCUAAAUGCUGAAGAGGCAAAGAGGAACAGUGCUAAGUGGGGGACCAAAUACUUCUACAGGCCAAAUGAAUGUGUGCAGCUAAAAAAAGAGCAUCCCUCUGCAUCCAAGAGUUGAUGAGAGGAUCCAUGGAGUGUUUGCAUCUGGGAGUGUUGAGUGAGGAUCUACAUUUAAACUUCUUGAUUCCCUCAUUGGGGUUUUUGUCUCACGCAGGUGUGAGUCAGGUCCUGGGAAACUUGCAUAUGUUGACGAACUGAAGGAUUUCUUUUAAGCACCAAACCGUCUCAAUGGUGUUUUUGAAGAAUUGCUCCUUUGUUAUUGUUGUUUUUUUGUUUUUUCUUUCCUGCAAAUGGAUCACAGCUCGAUUUAUUCCUAGAAUAGCUCUGCUAGCGUGAGCUGUUGUUGUAGGAGAGUAUCCAUGUAAAGACAUUUAAGUUUGAGAAUCCUGCAUGAGGAUGUGGCGGUCAUCCAUGAUGUCAUCGUCUUCUCAGUGCCAAACUGCUUCAGCUUCAUGGGAACGAUUGCUCACAUUUUUCUGAAACAGAACUUUUCUUCAUAUCUCUUUUAAGAAUAGCUUUUGAAGACCCCGCUGCAAAAAGAAGCUUUUUGAAGUAGAAACCACCCCCGGUCACAUUGAAUAUGUAGGAUUUGUGAGAUUUUCACCAGUUUGACCUCCUUAUCCACAAGUUACGCUGCAGACAGUGAUUAUAACGUCAAUGAUAAUAUCCAUAUAUUGCUUUGCUUCAGUUUUUUUAGUGGAUUUCAGAAGGAUUUCCUUGCUUUACUGCCAGGCUGUGGACUCUCUUUGUGGUUACUCCAGUUUUUGAUCUGAAUCAUUCCCUGGUAUAGACACUUACAGAUAUUUCCUUUUUUUCUUCUUCUUUUUUUUUUUUUUUUUAUCAAAUUGAAAAAAACAAUGCAGAAUUUUUCUAACAGUCCAGCUCCCCCUUCUAUACCUCCUGGGUUCAGUGGGAGGGGUAUGGGUGGACCUUCAUAUCCCCCUCAGCCAGUAGAGCCCCAGAUUUCCCCACGGUUGACAGAUGAAUAUGCAGGGAUGCAACAGCAGAGCCUACACAGAGGCCAUCACCACCCGAGUCAGGCCAGCCACAUACUCGCUUACAGUGCAAGGAGCAGGGCGGCUGUGGAGCCACCACCAACACAGGGUAACAUUCACAGUGGCAACAGUAACAACCCCUACAGGAAGGAUGCUAUGGAUUAUUAUUUUUCAAUGGCUGGGAAGGACAGGCAGAGAAGGGGAGGUAUGGGUUACGGGGGUGGCUUUGGGUACCCUAGUAUUGAUGGACAGAUACCUCACCAGUACCGGCAUCCUGGAUCUAGCUCUGCACCAUCAUCUGGUCUCAUGUCGCCAUAUUCAGUAGAUUAUGGCUCUGUUGCUGGUUCAAGUGGGGGUGCUGGAGCCUUUUCUCCUUCUCAUCAGUACAAUUUAAAUCAGACCCCUGCAAUGCAGGCAGUACCAGGUUCUCAGAUGCAACACCGCCAGCAUGGGCAGAACUUCCCGACUGUCCACCACGGACAGCAGCAUCGGAGCUAUCCAAACUCUGCGCAUAGAAUGACCCCACAGUACCCACAUUACUCUCCACAGAGUGGAGCAUCCACGGGGUCAUCAGGAAUGUAUAGCCCCCCUCUGCAAAGAUAUCUCGAUGGAGCUGCUAAUGCUGGGUUUGAUCCCAAAGUCAACAGCUCUCCCAGUGUCAACUCUAAUUCAAAUUCAGCUCCUAGUUCAGUUGUUUCUAACAAUGUGGGGCCAAUGGAGAAUGUUCAACAGAGUUACCAUGCUGCAAAUUAUCACGGCUACUCCCCACAGUUACAUUCACUUCACAAGCAAGCCGCACUACAACACCGCAACUCGCAGCACAGUUUAGGGGUAGGUUACGAAACGUCUCUAAAGAUGCAGCACCCGGGUCCAUCUCCAGGUUCUGUUUAUCUUAAACAUCAUCAAACCUCCACUCCCAGUAUAUCUCAACCAGCAUCUCAAGAAAUAGCCAAAUCCCCAAUGCAUCCCAAUACACAGCAAAGUCAAAUGAACCAAAAUUUUAGCCCAAUAUCCAACCCCUCCCCAGCUGCCUCUGCAGUGCAUUCCCCCAGUUGUAGCUCUUCUCCUUCUCCUUUGAUGGGUGUCUCAGAGGCACACGGAAACCCCUCAGGUCAUGGUCCUUCACAUCCUCCUACGCCGAACCCCCGUAGCAGCCAUGGUCAUGGUAGAUUACUGCAGACUAUGCCUCAGUUAAGUCCUACACCCAACUCAAAUAGCAGCAUCAGUAGUUGUGGUAGCAGUGGCAGUCAUAAAGGUCACAGCAUUAGUGCAGUUGGCGGGUGCAGCCUUCCUCCAACGGGCCGUAACAAAAUGGGUCAAAGCACUGGGAUUGGAUCCCAAGAGGAAGGCUUGUCUGUUUUUUCAACUUCUUCACUUGACAAAAUGCAGGAUGCCGGUCUGAAUAGUCUUAAUGCCUUGAGCUCACAAGUAGCUAAUCUACCAAACACAAUUCAGCACAUGCUCCUCACUGACACAGUGCUCUCCCAUAAGAAGAAAGAUGGCGGGCAGAUUCCGCAGCCAACACAUGGCAUGCCACCGUCGCAGCCAAGGAGUCGAAAUGCAAGUGCAGCCUCAAGUGCUAGCACAGUCAAAGAUGGAGGUGCAGCUGGGGUUGGUGAUGGUGCCGGUUUAGAUGCUGGUGCUGAUGAAGAGUCCUCCUUGAUUCCAGUCAGGGGCCCAUCAGGGACCAAAAUUGAUCGAGAAGAGCAGUUUUCUGAAGCGGAACAUGGGAGACUGAGGCAAAUGAGUGGUGCAAGCAGCGAGUCUGAAGCAACUGGCUGUAAUCAAACCCUAAAACAUCCUGGAAAAGCAUCAAAUGUUAAAACGGUCACCUCUGAUUCUCCAUCAAAAGUCGAAGCUACCACAGAAACAAAAGUAAACGAAUCUCACAUUCCUUCAUCAUCUCCAUCUUUUGUAUCAUCAGAGACUUGUCCAGUUUUACAUUCAGCACCUCCAGUUUCCUCAUCUCCAUUCUCCAACUCCACCAAUGUUCUUACUCAACCAAACUGCAUCCCAGAAUCUGGUUUGACAUAUGACCACCGAGGUGGGGAGAGGAAGAUGGCAGAAAUUAAACAUGAAAGUGAAGCUGCUAUUGAGAAAACACAGAAGGUCAGUAGCCAAAUACAAAAAGAUGAAGAAAACAGUACACAAAAUGGUCAGGACAAAGAAAAUAGGUUGCACUCUACAUCUAAAUUGCACAGUAAUAAGAGGGAAGACAAACGUGGAUCAGAGGAGCAACAGAAUGCAAGCAGUGUUGGUGUGAUUGUUUCAGCUCGUUCUGAGGGAAGUCACAUUGAAAAAAGUAAGCAUCCCCAAGACAACUGUGUGGAAGAGAAACAGUCACACUCCUAUUUAAGGGAAUCAAGUAGUCACAAUGGCGAAGAAGGUGUAGAUCUGAGUCUGUAUUCCUCUCAGCACCAGAAAUCAAACUGUGGCCGAUCUCAAAAUCCUCCCCAGUCUGCUGCACACAAAUACAGCUAUCCAGAAUCAACAUAUGGCUCAGAUUUGUCCAUGAAGAACAGAGUAAGAGCUGGCCUGUUGGGCGCAAUGGAGUCUAGUUCCAGAUAUUUAGGCUACCAACAGUCACAAACUGGAUAUGGCCCUGUGCAACCAAAAGAUGCUGGUUCUGUAGCUGAGACUUUGGUGAAGAGAGGCCAAGGAGAGGGGUCCAAAGGUCAGGAGGAAAGUUCACAAUUACAGCAAUUCCCAAGUCUUCUGCAAGAGGUUCUUCAAGGUUACAACUUAGAUAGGCGAUAUAGUAGACCAGAACAGGCAUUUUCUGCACAUCAUCAAGUUCAACAGCAGUUUCCAGCUAAACACCCAUUUGCUCCGAGUGAUGGAGUAAGGAUGCAAAGUGGAGUACCUGAGGGUUCGGCUCAUUCUGCCCAAACGGGAACCUCUGGAAAAACCUCAAAUCUGAGACGAGGAAGUGAACCUGAUUUUCCAACAGAGACCCAGCCUGCUGUGAAGUCAGAGGUAUCCAAUCCUAAGAAUCUUCAAAAUACAGAAAAAACCGAGGUGGGUGUUUCUCAGAGCAUUUUACCACAGGCUACAGAGGCUCAGCAGCCCCCACCAAAACAUAUAAACCUAGUGGACUAUUCUCUGCCACAGAAGAAAGCAUUCUCUAAUUCCUCCUCUGCUGUGCAGGAGCUCCUUUUGCAAGAGCCAGAACCGUUAACUAGCACUGUUGGUCAAACAGAGUCUCAGAAAUCAUCAGGCUCCAUAUUAGCCCCAUCAGAGCGGCGCUCCGUCAUCUGUGAUGUGUCGCCAAACCAGCGCAGUACGCCAGAGAGGGACAGGGAGGGAGACCGAGAGAGGGAGUGGGAGAAAAGUCAGAGUGGUGCCUCUGUGAUUCAGCAGUCGUUCUCCUCUCCAGCGACAGCCAGUGAUCUAAGUAAAAAGGAUACUGGGGAGAAACGAGUGAAAAUGGAAAUGGCUUCAAAAGAGUCUGGGACAAAUGCUGUUGGUUUACAGACUGAGCAUCAUGGCAGCAGUGGGGUUAACAAAGCAGACAUGGUGUAUCAUCCCAAAUCUGUUAAUUCAUCAGCCGGAAUGAGUGCUGACCCAUAUAGGCGAGGUAAUCUCGAUAUUACCCUCAUGAGCUCUCAUCCAAUGAGCUCUAAUCCUCUGUCUUCACCGUCAAGGCAUCAAUCAUAUCUCCAUGGUGUUGAUCUGUCAGCUGGCAGUGGCAGCUCAUUUCCUGCAUUUCGAUAUGGAGAUACAAGAGAAGGCAACAUGAUGUCACGUAGUACUCCGCAUUUUCCCUCUCACCAUCCAUACCACCAUUUACCCCCUCAGUCUCAAACUACAAAUAAGCUUCAAAUGUAUCCGCACCCUCACGGGCCCCCGCAUCACGCUCAUGACAUGAGCGACUGGGUGAAAGUAAUGAACAGACCCUCGAAGGAGAUCGUGAUGCAACCAAGCUCUUCCCCUGGCAGACAUAAGGUUAGCCAAUCAGAGCAAAGGCAGCGAGUUAUCUCCCAAGCAGGCAUGCCCAGUGAGCAACAUGCAAGCAAAACUUCACUUCAUCAUCAAAGUGCUUACUAUGAUAUAAAAAUGUGGGAGUCGGCGCACUCUGGAAGAGAGGGGGCUCGAAUUAUAGAUGGAGAACCAUACUAUAGACCACAACCACCUGCUCCACUUCCUCCACCUCCCCCUCUUUCUUCUCCUGUUUCUGUAGUUUCACUUGGCCCUGCUCCUCCUCAAAUGUCACAAAGUCAAAACUCUGCUGAGCCAGAAAUCUGCAGAGGAGCCACUGAGGAGGCCAAACAUCCCUGCCCACCUCCUCCAGCCAGCUCCACUAAGCCUCCUACAGAUGUGGCCCCCACUCAGCCACAAGUGCAGCGUCAGACUAAAGCCGGAGUUUCUGGAGACACAAAUCCACUGAUGUUAAGAAGGAGAGUCCGCUCUUUUAUCUCUCCCAUUCCCGCCAAACGACAACUGCAAGAUGCGUCUCAGCAGCGAGCAGCCACAAACUCUCAUCACUCCCCCGGGGCUCAGGCCGAGUCCAGCCAUCACAAUGAAGAUGACGCAUCCAAUUCUGAUUUGCCAUGUCCCAGGCUUUCUUCCCCUCUGUCAGGGGAGAACGCAUUUUCACAAACUCUGUCUCCAUCAAGUGGUAACAGCAAGGUUUUGCCUGCCAGAAAAGGACGAGGUUUGAAACUGGAGGCAAUAGUACAGAAAAUCACCCCAAAUAUUAAAAAGCCAGUAGGCCAUGCUGAUGAUGAGUCCAAUCAUUACCCUGGCUUCUCACACUCAGAAAUACCAACAUUUAAUGAGUCACAGGACCAAGACUUGGCACAUUUCCCCAGGAUUUCAGGAGGAGAUGAUAGUUACAUGGAUGAAAGUCACUCAUUAAACAACAUGAUUCCCUACAGAGGAGUUGAUGAAACUGGGCCUUUACCUCCGCCUUCCUACCCGUGCGACCCCCAUCAGACAUCGCAAACCAUCAAACAGGAUUUUGACUUUGGGUUAGGAUCCGCUGUUGCGUCAGCAUCUGGUGACAAGGAAGAUUUUGCUUUGCUUGGUCCUUUACCUCCUCCCCCACCUCUUCCUCGCCCAGUCCAAGGUUCCCCGCCUCCGUCUUCAUCUGCCCUGUCAGACAUUCAGCACUUCACAAAUACUUACCAGCAACUUGAGACACGCAGAGGAGAACAGUCUGCUGCUAACCUUCUCAGACAGAAACUGCAAGAAUCUGGCAUGGGAUUUGAAGACUACCCUGGCAGCGACUACUACGGGACACCCCCACCCCAUCAAGGACACAUGCUGAACCGACAACAUCAGAUGUCUUCUGGACGAUCCAGUCUGUCGCCACAAGAUUCAAAGCCACUAGAGAAUAUCGUGCCUAAAGGCUAUUUCCCAUCUGGCAAGAAAAAAGGCAGGCCUGUUGGGAGUGUGAAUAAGCAAAAACGGGCCCAGAACCAAGUCCAAACACAGGCCCAGCCUCAAGUCCAGACACAAAACACAACUCUAAGUGCUCCUCCGGCCCCACAUAUCCCAACUCCGGCAGCUGCCACAACCCCACCAGUAGUACAGACUACCAGCUGCACACCAACGCCCCCGGUGCCGCCUCUGUCAGAAAAUAAAAACACUCCCUCGCCAGCUCCACUCAUUUUAACCCAGCCAGUCAAAGCAGAUGUUGAAAGUGAGGACACACAGCUAGAGGUGGAGUUGAAACCUGUGCGACGCAGACGCAGAGGUAUGAAAGAUGAAGAAGAGCCACUAGAAGGAAGGGGCCGACAGAGGAGGAGGAGGAGAGGGGCAGUAGCGUCAGCACCGUCAAUGGCCAAAGAUGACCAUGCGCUUUUAGGGGCAGAAGGGAGUCUCGGCUCAAAUAGAGUUUUCAUGGAUCUGAACAGAAAGGGCCUAUUUGUUCCUCAUAUACAUGUGGAGAAAAAAGUACCAGAAAUCGGGGCAGUGUGUACAAUUGUUAAUGCUGAGGAGGAUAAGAUGAAAGGGGAGCGUAGUGCAGUCGGAGGGAAAGCUGGCGGGAGUGGGAUUGAUUCCUUCCUGACUUCAGCUAUUUCCUCCCAGUUAUCAUGGAGAGACAGAGAAGCAGAGAAAAGGGAGACAGACGAGGUGGAAAGUACACUUCAGUCAGGCAAAGCACUCCCCUCAUCUGGUUAUGUUGUUUCAGGCUCCGUGAUUACAGAGACUAAUCACUCAGGCCGCCUGCUAUGUUGCCUGUGUCAGAAAUGGGCAAAUUACAAGCACCUCGGAGAUCUGUAUGGGCCGUACUAUCCAGCUGAAUAUGCCGCAAAGCUUCCCAAGAACCAGCCCCAGAUCAGACAAUGUCAGGCCCCCACAGGCACAAACAAAAUCGGACCAAACUCGGACAUGAGCUCAAAUACUUUGAAUGCCAUCCAAGACACACAAACACACCAUGCUCCGUUCACCAAGCCUUCAACAGAGCACAUCUGUGCUGUGGAUGUAGAUUCAAACCCAGAAUCCUUCACCACCACAGUCAGAACUGCCUCCCCAGCUACAACAGAGGAGAUGAUGUAUGUGGCUGCCAAGCAAACUAACACAGCUUCAUCCUCUCCAUCCUCCUCCACUGUUAAGACACCUCUGACCCGAGACAUGAAUCCAGAUAUCCCACCUAUCCCUGAGCUUAAGAGAGAGCCAGACCUCGAAAGUGACCAGCAGCAUGCAGCGCAGAAACAUCCGCUGCAGCCGACAGAUGAAACUCAGCAGCGACCUCAGCACAGAAAGCUGACAUCGCAUCCUCGCUUUAAAAGGAGACACAAGUCCAGUGAAGAUUCCCCCAGAAUGGUACCAUCCAACAGUAAGGCAUCCCUACCCUUUCAGCCCCCUCCACCCACCUUGGACUCCCUGGGACCAUUGGCCCAACUGGCACAGCUGCCUCAGAUGCCCAUAGACCCAGAGGAGCUGUGGGUGCAUGAAGGAUGUAUUGUAUGGACCAGUGGAGUUUACAUAGUCAAUGGGAGACUGUACGGCCUGCAGGAGGCACUAGAUGGUGCCAGAGAGACAAGUUGUUCAUACUGUGAGAUGGUGGGCUCAACCCUGGGCUGCUAUAGUAAAGGCUGCACACUCCGCUACCACUACCUAUGUGCUAUUGAAGCAGAUUGUUCUCUAAACGAAGAUAACUUCUCACUGAGAUGUCCGAAGCACAAGGUAAAAAAAGAGAGUUUACCCAGAGCGUCCGGCCAGCCAAGUCAGUGUACCCAGAGCAGUCAGAAAGAGGUUGAAAGAAACCGAGGGGAGGAAGAGACACCGCAGUCUGGGAGCUGUUAACUUGGACAAGAGGAGGCUGACUAAUGUGAAGACACGACUGGCAUUUUGUAGAGAACAACUUAAAGGGAAUGUACAAUUUUUCAACAGAAAACAGCAUUAUCUACAUUUAAAACAACGGAGGAGAGACAUUUUUUUAUAUAAUCAUUGCUCUUUAAAGCAGAAAAUUAAAAAAAAAAAAAAACAUGGACAUGCAACACAGGAACGGAGUUGCAAAAACGAGACUUUAAGAAGAAAAAAAAAACUAUCAAAGCGGGACGAAAUAAGACGAGGAGGCUGAUGGAAGAAUUAAAGGAACUUUGCUGUAAAGAACAAAAGAAACAAACUUCCUCUCUAGGCUUACUUUGAUUUUCCAGACACCCUUAAAGUGUUCAACUCUUGUUUAUCAUCAUCUACCUUUUAUUUUUUAUUUGCUUUGAGGAGGUGUAACGGAGCAAAUUGGGGAUCAAACCCCCCCAAAAAAUGAGAGAAUUUUAUAUCCGCUCACUAGUAGUAUUUUGUCUUAUGAUAUUAGGAUGACCAUUUAUUAUUUUAGUCAUUAUUAUUUUGUAUCCUCAUCAGUAUUUACUCAUGAAAAUGAAAUGGAUGUAUCACACAUUUUUUAUUCAGUCAGCACAUGAGUUUUGAGGUUUAUUUUUCCCAAUCCUGGAGAGGGAUGAGCCAGAGUGGUGAUGUCUGGAAUGUCAGGGUCGAGUUUGCCGCAAAGACAUUAUUGCCUUGGAGAAUGGACAUCUGUUGCCUUUCAAAAAAGUCUUGUAUGAGUGAGAAAUGAGUGUAUGUGUGCGUGUGUGUGUGCUUGUGUGAGGGGAAGAAAAAAAAAAGCCGAUAUCUGGGUCUUUGAUUCCAUUUUGGUCCUUUUUGAAAAGUGUUCUUAUUUUUCAUCGCUGGGGUUUUUAUGGUACAGAUAGUAUUCAUGGAAAAAUUAGAUGGACAGUCUUAUUUUUCAAGUACAAAAAUGUUCGUAAUGUGCAAAGAAAAAGCAAGAGACUUGUAGGAGGAGAAGAUAACACUAUGGACUUAUGCGUGUUUGCCAUCUUUUAACCAUGUUGACAGAGGAGAUGGACUGGACCACGAGGAGCCUUCAUCAGUUUGCAACCACGUUCCUCAUGCAAACUUACACAUGACUAACACAUCAGUCCCUAAGACAGUGAUGAACAUUUUUUGACUUAAUCUUGGGAGAUGGUGUCAUAUGAACGCCUGCAACUGGCCGCCUGCCCCGGCCGAUGUGAAGCGAGCUUAACCAAGUACUUCUGAAUGGUUUCAUUCUUCAGUGGCACAGCAGCGAUCUAAUCGGGAGAUGCAAAGUACAUUCAAAAGAAGCAUUGCCAUCCGAUUUAAAAGUGAGUCCUACAUAGUGUUGUCUUUAUCAUUUUUUAUUGUUAUUCUUGUAAAAAAAAAAAGAACAAAAAAGUCAAACUUAAAAGAAGACAGUCACUAUCAAAACCAUGCUGUAUUAGAAACCUGUCAAUAUGUAUAUGAAUUAUGAAUACACUUAAAAUGCUUCAAAUAUG